AACUCUGUGGACGGAGCCAGGCUUGCCUCCGUUGAGUGUGCGCAUGCGUGGUUUUGGAUCGCAGCGCACGCGCAAUGCAGCCCAGCCGCUGUGAGGGGAUGCCGCGGAUGGUCGGCUUAGGCGGCGGUUUGUCUGUGGUGUGGGCCGCGUGAUGUGUCCCCUGUGAAAGAGCGGCGGCGGCGGCGGCGGCGGCGAGGGAAGGGGAAGCGCCAUGAACCUGAGGGGCUUGUUUCAAGAUUUCAAUCCUAGCCCUGCUAUGUGAGCCAGAAUUCUGAUUCCCCCAUAAUGUCGAUAUGAGUGAGGCAGCUGAAAGAGAGACUUGACUAAGGCUGCAAUCCAGUACAUGUCUAUUCAGAAGCAAGCUCCAUUGGGUUCAAGGGGACUUACUCCCAGCAAAUUUCUUAUCUACGCCUGUCUGCUGCUGUUCUCCGUUCUGCUUUCUCUUCGUUUGGACGACAAGAUUCAGUGGAGCUACUGGGCAGUGUUUGCUCCAAUAUGGCUGUGGAAGUUAAUGGUUAUUGUUGGUGCCUCAGUGGGAACUGGAGUGUGGGCACGAAAUCCACAAUAUCGAGCAGAAGGCGAAACAUGUGUGGAGUUCAAAGCCAUGUUAAUUGCAGUAGGCAUCCACUUGUUACUGCUGAUGUUUGAAGUGCUAGUCUGUGAUGGGAUCGAGAGAGGAACCCGAUUCUGGCUUCUAGUCUUCAUGCCUUUGUUCUUUGUGUCUCCAGUGUCAGUUGCAGCUUGCGUAUGGGGCUUUCGGCAUGACAGAUCUUUGGAGCUGGAAAUCCUGUGUUCUGUCAAUAUUCUACAGUUCAUAUUUAUUGCACUUCGACUGGAUGAAAUUAUCAAGUGGCCGUGGCUUGUUGUCUGUGUCCCUCUGUGGAUCCUGAUGUCCUUUCUAUGUUUGGUUGUACUCUAUUAUAUUGUCUGGUCAGUCCUAUUCUUGCGCUCAAUGGAUGUGAUUGCUGAGCAAAGGAGGACUCACAUAACAAUGGCCAUCAGUUGGAUGACAAUCGUGGUUCCCUUACUCACCUUUGAAAUCCUGCUUGUGCACAGAUUGGAUGGACACAAUACAUUUUCAUAUAUACCCAUAUUUGUUCCUCUCUGGCUUUCACUGAUAACUUUAAUGGCAACAACAUUUGGACAGAAAGGAGGCAAUCAUUGGUGGUUUGGAAUUCGCAAAGACUUCUGUCAGUUUCUACUUGAAAUCUUCCCAUUCCUAAGGGAGUAUGGCAACAUUUCUUAUGAUUUGCAUCAUGAAGAUAAUGAGGAAACAGAAGAAACUCCUGUCCCAGAACCUCCCAAAAUAGCUCCAACUUUUCGAAAAAAGACUGGAGUGGUCAUUACCCAGAGUCCUGGGAAAUAUGUUAUACCACCUCCCAAAUUAAGCAUUGAUAUGCCAGAUUAAAAAAGAACUCAACCAUGUGGCACAUAGCCAAGACUGACUCCUCCCCAUUAAACCACGACUGGGAAUCAGUGGCCAAUGUGUUUUUUAUCUCAUGCCUCCAUUUGUUUACAGAUAGUAAUUUGUGCUUUUAAUGAAUUGUAGAUAAUGAAGAUCUGUUUUAGUAUUUCUUUGAGCGUUUCCAUAUAUUGCAUAUAAAAUACCAUGCCAAUAAAAUCAAUGAGAAUGCAAUAGCUGCGGUAAGUUUCACAAAUGGAAAUCAUCUUAUCAGAUCUACAUACAGAAUUUACUUUUUGCUUGGCUGUGAGCAGUGAACCAGUGUAGAGUUCAUUAGUAACAAAACACAAGUUUUCCCAAAGUAUCAUUAUGCAUUUUCAAUACAUAAGCAUCAAACCUGCUCAUAGUUGCACAUGGACAAGGCAUGUUGAAAUCAGUGGCCUUUGCACAUAUGUAACCGUGGACUGGAUUGCAGCCACGAUGUGUCAGAAGUAGAAAAGAUGUCUUUAUUUGUGAAUCUUGCUGAUUUGUUUGAACAAAGCUUUCUUCAAAGCUUUGUUUAAAGCUUACCUGUAUAGUAUUUAUAUGAACUUUUGGCAAUGUAAUAUAUUUAAAAACUGUACAGUAUAAAUAUGUAAAAGUAUUUUUUUAAAGGCUGUAUGAAAUGUGUAAUCUAUUAUGAGUGACAUUUUGUGUUAAUCUGUACACCUGGCUUCCAUUUCUGUUAAAAGUACCACAGCCACAUGGUGAUACAUCAGAAUGCUCCUUUGCCUCUUAAUUUCUCUAUUAAACCAUGCACAUUAUGUUUCAGACACAUUCUCAGGUAGGACUUAAAAGGUUCUUCCUCUGUUAAUGGAUCAAAUUACCUUGAUAAAGGUAUGUAAAUGAUUGUGUAAAUAACCGCAGUCUUUGUACUGUGUGUAGAGGGAAGGGGAGGGGACUGUCUUUUUGAGAAGUUGCUUUUCCACUUUUGUUAAAAUGUUGCUGCUGGGUGAUCUAUUUCUCACUCUCCCAAUUUUUGGCUGUUCAAUAAAGCAUUCUCCUGUA